AAGUAUAAUAUAAAUAUCUCAACAUUUCGUAGAUUUCAAAUAGUUCGGGAACCUAUCACUUAGUGCGUUGUGGAUUUUAAAAUUAUUAAUUAUAUAAUUUUACCAAUAUUUCUUGAAAAAGAUGAACUAUAACUCUAAAAAAUCGGCCACAAUAAUAGAUAGAAAUCUACGGUUAUGUCGUCAUCUACUGUUAACAAAUUUAUUUGAAAUUUGUUAACUUAUUGAUAACGGAAUGGAGUUCAGCACGUAACCUCAUCAAGGAAUGCACGACACUCUCCAGCUCCUGGUUUUCUUGUAGUUCCAAACCAAAAGCACAGUGGACUUGGAAAACUAAGAAUUAGCAGGCCAAAGUUUCCGAAUCCAGAAUGGCGACCUUAAGCUGUGGCUUUAGACGAUGUGUACGUAUGGGGUCUCUCCUCAUACUUCUCGGGGUGGCGCUCCUGCUCAUUUGGAGGAACUUACAGCAGGCGCAGAAGAUUGCCGAAAUCGGUAAGCUCAAAUGUCUAGGAUUUUCACAGACUAGCAACUCGUAUCCACCAGGCUUUCCCGGAGACUAUCUGGAGUACGUUGAACCGUCUGUCGUGCAACGAGAGGAAUCCCCCCGCACUAAGGAACUGCAGCAGUUGGUAAAGUGUCGGAACCGAUUGCUCCGCUUCCAGAGACUCCAGCACGGGGAGUACUGGCUGCUCCAGAACCUUGUGGUUGGCCGAAAGAGUCGGACCGUGGGCUGCGCCGAGUCUGUGACGUUCACCACCAAUGGAGACUACUCGUUCUUCGACAAUCUCGAAAUGGUGGCUUCACGUUGGCGAGCUCCUGUAAGCUUUUCCAUCUUUACUCCUGGGUACGACUUGAACACUACCCUAGAUUCGAUUCGGUACGUAAGGAGCUGUUUGCCGGAGAGCGAAGUCAUCAAGGACUGGGUCACAUUCCACGUGUACUUCCCUAGCAGGAACAUGCCGGGCUACGUGCCAUUUGACGAGGCAGAGGUGCUGGGCUUUCAGCACUUCUGCACCAUGGCAAAUGGAUCUCAGGUUUCGCCACCCUACACACAGAUACCUCGCAAAGAAAGCUUCAAGGUAAAGGCGAACCUCACCUAUCCCAUUAACGUGGGCAGGAAUAUAGCCCGGCAGGCGGCCAACACCCACUUCAUCUUCGCCUGCGACAUCGAGCUGUACCCCAGUUUGGGUUUUGUGGAUCAAUUCCUGGAAAUGGUGGCCAGAAACCACAGUGUCCUGGCCUUGGACCCCAAUCAGCCUAGAAGGGUGUAUCCCCUGGCCGUCUUUGAGGUCGAGUCUGGAGUUAAAGUACCCGACGACAAGGCCGAGUUGCUGUCCCUCUACCGAAACCAGCAGGCACAGGUGUUCCAUCUAAAUCUCUGCCGCACCUGCCACAUGAUCCCAGGCCAAGAAGAGUGGCUCAACCGGACUUCCAGCGCAAAGGACCAGCUGCACGUGUUCAGUCAGACCCAGCGGAAGAAGAAGUUCCGAGCUUGGGAACCCUUCUACGUAAGCGACAACACGGAGCCACUGUUCGACGAGCGAGUUACCUGGGAGGGUCAGUCCAACAAGCGCAUUCAGAACUUUGCCAUGUGCCUGUUGGGCUACGAAUACCACGUCCUAGAUCCGGCAUUCUUGGUCCACAGUCCUGGUAUAAAGGAACCCAGCAAAAGUGACUCUAUUCGGCUCCAAUAUGCGAAGGAAAUGACGAAGUUUAUCAAGGACACAGUCGAGCCCGAGUAUCGAGUGCUGUUCGGACAAAACUCCGCCUGCAAAACGUGACA